AUGGGAAAGAGGGAGUACAGAGAUAAGAGGAAAAGAGCCUUUGACAAUCACCAGUCAGGCUCAGAAAAAGCCCUGACGUGGCUGAACUCUUUGGAGAGACAGAGGACUAACAGGACUGGAAAGGAAAGGAACAAGGCAGACAGGUAUGCACUGGAUUGCCAGGAGAAGGCAUAUUGGCUGGUGCACCGAUGUCCUCCAGGAAUGAACAAUGUGCUAGACUAUGGCCUGGACCGAGUGAGCAAUCCAAAUGAAGUCAAGGUAAACCAGAAGCAAACAAUCACUGCCAUCAGAAAAGAGAUUAUGUAUUACCAACAGGCCUUAAUGAGAUCCACAGUGAAGUCUUCGGUGUCCCUUGGAGGGAUCGUCAAAUACAGUGAGCAGUUCUCAUCCAACGAUGCCAUCAUGUCAGGCUGCCUGCCCAGUAAUCCUUGGAUAACAGAUGAUACCCAGUUCUGGGAUUUAAAUGCCAAAUUGGUGGAAAUCCCAACCAAGAUGCGGGUGGAGAGGUGGGCCUUCAACUUCAGUGAACUGAUUCGAGACCCCAAGGGUCGACAGAGCUUCCAGUACUUUCUCAAGAAGGAAUUCAGUGGGGAGAAUCUGGGAUUCUGGGAAGCCUGUGAGGAUCUGAAGUAUGGAGAUCAAUCCAAGGUCAAGGAGAAAGCGGAGGAGAUUUACAAGCUGUUCCUGGCCCCAGGUGCAAGGCGGUGGAUCAACAUUGAUGGGAAAACCAUGGAUAUCACCGUGAAGGGGCUGAGGCACCCCCACCGCUAUGUGCUGGAUGCAGCGCAGACUCACAUUUACAUGCUCAUGAAGAAGGAUUCUUAUGCUCGCUAUUUAAAAUCUCCAAUCUAUAAGGAAAUGCUGGCCAAAGCCAUUGAACCUCAGGAAACCACCAAGAGAAGCUCGAGCCUCCCAUUCAUGCGGCGUCACUUACGCUCCAGCCCGAGUCCUGUCAUCCUGAGACAGCUGGAAGAAGAAGCUAAAGCUCGAGAAGCAGCCAACACCGUGGACAUCACCCAGGUCAUGAGCAAGCUGGACCGUAGGAGCCAACUCAAAAAGGAGCUGCCUCCUAAAUGAAUCUGUGAUUCUAGAAGGGGUGGGGACAGCAUACCCUUGGGAGAGGCGAACAAAAGAAGGUAGGGUCUAGAAGAUUCCAUUCCCAAUUACUAGGUUAGUAGAGUCAAGACAUAUUUCCCAUAUUCCUCUAAUGUUCUUCAUGGU